AUGAAUACCGCCUCCUUCUCUUCGACUUCGACUCCUUCUACUUCUACUUCUUCGGUGGCGAGCAGCGCACCGACUCUCGCGUUCGAAGGCAUCAAGGCGCUCUCCAAGCGGCACCAGCAGCGCAAGAACGGCCUCUCCCUCCCGACCGGCACCGGCCUCAACAAGAAGCCAGCCCUCCCACAGACGGCCAAGAGGUCGGCGGCCAGCGCCUGCUGUCGCAUGCUGUUCGGGCCGGUCGACCACGACGAGGUCCUGGGAUGGCUCGCCGAGCGCCACAACGAGCGCCGACAGCAGCUCGCCGCCAAGUACGGCUUCGACAUCACCCUCGCAGAAGAGGGCGUCCACCCGCUGCCAUCCCUCCAGGCCGCCGCCUCCACCUCCCCGGCGUCGUCCUGCUGA